ACUUAAAGAGAAAAUUUACUCGUCCCAGAUUUUCUUUCCAUCCAAACGCUCCUCUCUUUUCUUGUUUCUCUCUCAUUGGCAUAAUUCCCUCCAUUUUUCUCACUUUCUUACGAAACAAACAAACCAAAUUGCUCUCACCAGGCGACAAAACAGGGUAUGCUUAAUCUGUAUUCGAGCCUUUAAAAUAAUAGAUUUCUAGGGUUUCGAAUUUGCUCUAGUUCUUGCAAUGAUAUCUGUUGUAAAAAGCGAUAGAGAAGUAGUAACAAAUUCGAAUACAAUCGAGGAGAACCGAGGAGAAGCUAGGUUUUCUGGUGAUGUUGCUGAUAGCCCCGAUGAAGAGAAAGCCAGGGUUUCUGGCUUGGAGCGUGAUUUCAAAGCUCCAGAGAGUGAAGCUAUUGCUAGGGUUUUAGAGAAUAAUGGAUCUACUGAAGAGCUUAAAGCUUUGGCCAGACUCGGUGAGGAGAGUGAUGUAGACGAGGAAAUGGAAGAAGAAUCUAGGGUUUUUGAAGUGAAAAACGAGAAAAACCCAAGUUUUGUUCAAUUCGACCUACAAAAUGACCGAUGUGCUGUUUCUAGAGGUAAUGCGAAGGGAGAGGUUUAUAAUUCCUUUAUGUCUGAGUUCGAUGAUUUUGUUGCCAAUGAGAAGCAUGAGGCCAUGGCGGGAGCAUCUAGGGCAUUGAGUUAUGGGUUUGAAGUGGGUGAUAUGGUGUGGGGGAAGGUGAAAUCACACCCAUGGUGGCCAGGGCAUAUUUUUAAUGAGGCCUUUGCAUCAUCUUCUGUUAGGCGCACCAGGAGGGAGGGUUAUGUGUUAGUUGCAUUCUUUGGGGAUAGUAGUUAUGGAUGGUUCGACCCAGCUGAGCUUAUUCCUUUUGAUCCCUAUUUUGCUGAAAAAUCUCAGCAAACAAAUUCAAGGAAUUUUGUCAAAGCUGUGGAGGAGGCUGUGGAUGAGAUGAGCAGAAGGCGUGGGCUUGGUUUGGCUUGUAGGUGUAGAAAUAAGUAUAAUUUUAGGCCAACUAAUGUGCAAGGGUAUUUUGAGGUUGAUGUGCCAGAUUAUGAGCCAAGAGGAGUUUACUCGGCAAAUCAGAUUAAGAAAGCUCGGGAUGGGUUUCAGCCUAGCGAGACUAUUGCUUUUGUGAAGCAGUUGGCUUUGGGGCCACAAGGGUGUGAUCAGAGUACUAUUGAUUUUGUUAAGAAUAAGGCAACAGUUUUUGCUUUUCGGAAGUCUAUGUUUGAGGAGUUUGAUGAGACAUAUGCACAGGCAUUUGGAGUGCAGCCAAAACUGCCUGUUAAUGAUCCAGCGAGUUUAUCAGAUCAGCCUGUUAAAUAUCCAACCCGGGCCCCUUUGAGUGGCCCAUUGGUGAUAGCAGAAGCUCUGGGUGGUGGGAAGAGCCACAAAAAACCCAUGAAAGUGAAGGACCAUUCAAAGAAAGAUAGAUACCUCUUCAAACGAAGAGAUGAACCAGUUGACUCAGUGACCCUUCAACUUGGCCAAAGGCAAGCAAGUUCCUCAGCCCCUGCAGCAUGUGAGGAAAGUUCAUCAGCAAUAGUAACUGGUGACUUUGUUUUGCAGAAAAGGGCUCCAACAUCUAUUUCAGCAAAACACGAACAUGCUGGAAUUAUCAGCAAGGAAGUUGCAGGUCCUAGUGAAGUAUUUGGUAAAGAAGCAGUGAGCUUAGAUCACGGUCAAAGAUAUCUGGGUGUUCAAACUACUCAAGGUAUAAUUUUAGAUGAAAAAUCAUCUCCUGGUAAGGAGAAAGAUGCUCUGCAAGAAACAAAUGACAAAAUGGGGUCAGAUAUGGUUGUUGAUCCCACAAGUAUGGGUCAGUCUGAUAUUUCUGUGAAGGGGUUGCCGCUGGGUGUAACAGAUAAUACAUCACCUUCUUUUCAGCAAGAAGGUCAUGCCAUUGUUGACUUUAGAUAUGAAGAGAAUUCAAAAGUGUCUCGAAUGAAUGAAGAUUCUCCACAAACUGAGAGUUUUUCUGAAAGAACAGAAGGAGACGGUAGUUUGGAUAAGCUUCGUGAUGCUCUACCUAGUUCCCAUCUUUCACUGGUUGAUGCAAAGCCUCCUGUUGGAAUGAUUUCUGAUGUUGGAGUGAAGAAGGCCAAAGUUCUCAAGCGCCCUUUGGGCGACUUGAGCUCUGAGAACUCUAUUAUAAAGGAAAAAAAGAAGAAAAAGAAGUUGGGUCCAGAAACAAGCCCUGAUCGUCCAAAGAAGCGUUUGGCCAUGGGAACAGGAGGGGCAUUAGUGGGAAAAUCUAGUCUAAUCAGUGCCUCUACCAGAGAGGAUCCUCAGGUAAUCCAUCAGAAGAAAGAUGUUGGCAUCAGUAAUUCCACAUUCAGUAGUGUGGGAAAUAUUGAGCUUGAGGUACCACAUCUAUUGAGUGAUUUGCAUGCUCUUGCUCGUGAUCCCUGUCAUGGUGCCGAAAGGAACAGUCUGAUUACAAUGCAGUUCUUUUUGCGAUUCCGGUCCUUUUUUUACCAGAAAAGCUUGGUUUCAUCACCUCCAUCUGAGAGUGAGCCCAUUGAAAUUCGUGCAACUAAAUCUCCAUCAACCGUUGGGGUUUCUGACAGUUCUGCUGAGAACGUCAGAGAUUUGUCAACUUCAAAACCUUUAAAAUCCAUAGCCAGACCAGAUGAUCCAACAAGAGUUGGACGGAAACGAUUGCCAUCUGAUCGUCAAGAAGAAAUUGUGGCAAGGAGAUUGAAAAAACUUAGUCAGUUGAAAACAUUAGCUGCAGAAAAGAAGGCAGGUCAGAGAACUUCGGAAACCCAACGAUCAGAAGGGAAAGAACUGGCCACUGCUGCUCCACCAAAGCCAGCCAAAUCAGAGUCUUCCAAGAAAAUAGAGCCUCACCAUAGAGCAGUUGAGCCCACCAUGCUAGUGAUGAAGUUCCCUCCUGGGACAUCUCUUCCCUCUGUUGCUGAGCUGAAGGCAAGGUUUGCUCGAUUUGGAUCAAUAGAUCAGUCAGCUAUCCGUGUCUUUUGGCAGUCCUCAACGUGCCGUGUUGUGUUCCGGCACAAGCUUGAUGCACAGGCAGCAUACAAAUAUGCUGUUGGAAACAAUUCCUUAUUUGGUAAUGAUGUGAAUGUGAGGUACACUGUUCGGGAAGUAGGAGCUCCUGCACCUGAAGCACCUGAAUCUGACAAGGGAAGAGAAGACGACACUUCCGUUGAGGCCCCACGGUUAAAGGAUCCAGCAAAUGAAAGACUACUUAUGCACCAGCCUCUUCCUCAGUCAACCAUGCAGCUCAAGUCCAUUUUGAAGAAACCAACAGGCGAUGAAGCAGGGCAGGUAACUGGUGGUAAUGGUGGUAGAGGGACUGCUCGUGUAAAAUUCAUGUUGGGUGGGGAAGAGACUAGUAGGGGAGAGCAAUUGAUGAUUGGUAAUAGAAACUUCAACAACAAUGCUAGUUUUGCUGAUGGUGGUGCACCUACUUCUUCUGUUGCUAUGGAUUUUAAUAGUAAGAACUAUCAAAAGGUUAUGGCUCCAUCUCCAUCGCUAAUUCUCCCCCUUCCUAGUCAAUUCGCAAAAGUCCCACUUAAUAACUCGCAUCAUACUGAAGUAGCACCUAGAAAUUUUCAUAAUCUGAAUAUUCCCAUUGCUCCACCUAGCAUGCCAAGCAUAGACAUUUCACAGCAGAUGCUAAGCCUUUUGACAAGGUGCAACGAUGUUGUAACCACCGUCACGGGCUUGUUAGGCUAUGUGCCUUACCAUCCUCUCUGAUGACUACAACUACUAGUACGGGACAACCACUGAUUUACUACAAGAAAAAGCCACUGAUUUCAUGUCCAAACCUCUGCAUGCAUUGCCUUUUGGGAACCGGGGGAGAAGCUGCCUAAAUUUUUCUCAUGGGAUGUAUGUCGUUGUGGGCAUCACGAGCUGUUAAUUGGGACAAUAAUUAAGGUAAAUCCAUGAUGGAUUGUGAUUGGUCUUCUGUUGUGUUGCCAUGAGUAAAUGUACCCAUACAGAUGGUGCCAUCUCUUUUUAUAUUUCCUUUUUUUUUUGGGUCAUAUUUACAACUUUACCACACUUUUGUGCUUGAAGUGCAUGUUAGUAUGUUGUUCUUAGAUUGUUGUUUAUUUGGGUACCAUCUUGAGUUGAAUUCAACAUUUUAAUUUUAGAAAAAAUUCCAGUAUUAUUAAAUUAAAAUUAAUUAAGUUGUUUAUUUGAUUAA